GAAAAAACUCCCGAACACCAUCCCCUCCCCGCUCACGCAGUCACACUGGGUCCAUGACACGGGAGUCGAUUAAUCACAAGAUAACUCCUUGAUGGGACACAGAUCGGCGAGCCACCAAACAGAAUUCAAAGGAAGUAAAAUGUUUCCACAGUUCGGAGCUACCGCAGAUACUCUGAGCAAGGCAUCAACUUUGAUGUUUCGGAUCGGCACCGACGCUCACCUCUACGACGAUCCGGACGACGUCAACAUCGCCCCUCUUCUUGACAGCCGAUUCGAUUCCGAGAAAUGCGAAGCUCUCAAGCGACUCCUCGCUCUCAUCGCACAGGGUUUCGACGUCUCCAAUUUCUUUCCUCAGGUUGUUAAAAAUGUGGCGUCCCAGUCGUUGGAAGUAAAGAAGCUCGCUUACUUGUACCUACUGCAUUAUGCCGAAAAGCGUCCAAAUGAAGCGUUGCUUUCAAUUAAUUGUUUCCAGAAGGACUUAGGGGAUACAAAUCCUUUAGUGAGGGCAUGGGCAUUGCGUGCCAUGGCAGGGAUCCGUUUACAUGUCAUUUCACCUAUUGUCCUGGUUGCUGUGGGCAAGUGUGCUAGAGAUCCAUCUGUAUAUGUCAGAAAAUGUGCUGCCAAUGCUCUUCCUAAGUUGCAUGAUUUGCGCCAAGAGGAAAAUACUUCUGCAAUUGAAGAGAUUGUUGGGAUAUUGUUAAAUGAUCAGUCACCUGUAGUAGUUGGAGCUGCCGCUGCUGCAUUUGCUACUGUGUGUCCAAACAAUUUGUUUCUAAUUGCAAGAAACUAUAGGAGACUAUGUGAGACUCUUCCUGAUGUGGAAGAGUGGGGUCAGAUUGCGUUAAUUGGGAUCCUUUUGCGCUAUGUAAUUGCAAGGCAUGGUCUCAUGAAAGAGUCCUUCAUGUUUUCUUCUUCUUGCAAUGAUAGUUACCAUUUUGGAAAGGAUAGUUUGGAUGAUAGAUUUGCAUUUGAAGAUGACCCUGGUCAUCUGAAAAGUGGGAUAUCUGAGUCUGAACUAGCAAAUAUGGUCUCCAAGUGUUAUAUUGAAGGACCAGACGAAUAUCUAUCACGUUCAAGUUUGACAAGUAAGGGUUCCUCUGGAUUGGAUAAUGCAUGUUUUACAUCUGGAGAAAGUAACGAUGACGUGAAGAUCCUGUUGCAGUGUACGUUGCCGUUAUUAUGGAGUCACAAUAGUGCAGUGGUACUUGCAGCAGCCGGGCUACACUGGAUUAUGGCACCAAGAGAGGAAGUAAAAAGAAUUGUCAAGCCGCUCUUGUUUCUCUUGAGAUCUUCUAAUGCCUCAAAAUAUGUGGUUCUCUGCAACAUUCAAGUGUUCGCCAAGGCAACGCCUUCUCUUUUCACGCCAUAUUUCGAAGAUUUUUUAAUAUGUUCUUCAGAUUCAUACCAAAUAAAAACUUUGAAGCUUGAAAUACUGUCAUCCAUUGCUACAGAUUCAUCUAUUUCAUUUAUUUUCCAAGAGUUCCAGGAGUAUAUUAGAGAUCCAGAUAGGAGAUUUGCUGCAGACACUGUUGCCGCAAUUGGUUUAUGUGCACGUCGACUUUCAAAAGUGGUAAAUACAUGCUUGGAAGGACUCCUCGCUUUGACAAGACAGGAAUCUUUGGCGAAGGAUUUCACGUCUUUGGAUGGAGAAGCAGCUGUUUUGAUUCAAGCAAUAACGUCCAUUAAAACAAUAAUAAAGCUAGAUCCACCCAGUCAUGAGAAGGUUAUAAUUCAGCUGGUUCGUAGUUUGGAUUCAAUUAAGGUCCCUGCAGCUCGUGCAAUGAUUAUUUGGAUGGUGGGAGAGUACAACUCUAUAGGGCAAAUAAUUCCAAGGAUGUUAACCACUAUACUUGCAUAUCUUGCUCAGUGCUUUACUUCAGAAGCAGUGGAGACAAAACAUCAGAUUCUUAAUGCUUCUGUUAAGAUCCUUUUAUCUGCGAAGGAGGAAGAUUUAUUGACAUUUAGAAGACUUCUAAAUUAUGUUCUUGAAUUGGCUAAAUGUGACGUAAACUAUGAUGUUCGGGACCGGGCCCGUAUUAUGGAAAAACUUCUUUUGAUCCAGUUAGGAUCUGAUUCUUUGGAGGAAAAAAUAAAUUCUCUGCCGCAGGAUAAGGACCUACUACAUAUACUUGCAGAAUGUGUGUUUGAGGGACAAAUAAAAUUGCCAUCCCUUGAACCCAUUAAUUACCGGUUCUAUCUUCCUGGAUCUCUUUCACAGAUAGUUCUUCAUGCAGCUCCUGGGUAUGAACCUCUCCCUAAGCCUGGUAGUUUGCAAUUGCAUUUUAAGAACCUAAGCCAAUACUCAGAUCUGGCUUGUGCGAUGAAUGCAUCACGAGAGGAGGCCUCAUGCAGUGACUCCAACAGGGCAGAUGAUCCUGAUGCAGCAUCAGAGUCUUUAGAUGAGGAAAGCACUUCUGGAUAUAGUUCUCAGUAUUCUAAUGCUGACUCAAGCGGGAGUGAUGGCAGUGAUGAUAGAGUUUCUGAAGGUGAUGAUAAUGGUGAUCCUUUGAUUCAGUUGUCAGAUAAUGGGGAUUCUAGAAGGCAUAAUGGUUCUGAUAAAUUAGAACUGAUGUCUAAGAGAGCCCUGGAAUCAUGGUUGGAUGAGCAGCCUGGUUCAUCUAAUCUAACUGCAUCUGAACAAGGUCAAGUCCGGCGAUCUUCAGCAAGAAUCUCUAUUGCAGAUAUUGGUGGCAGAGUUAAACCUAAAAUCUACAUGCUCUUAGAUCCUGCAAACGGAAAUGGAUUAAGAGUAGAUUAUUCAUUUUCAUCUGAUAUUUCAAGCAUAUCCCCACAGCUUGUUUGUGUAGAAGUUUCCUUCAAGAACUGUUCCUCAGAACCCAUGUCAAAAGUAAUGUUGGUAGAUGAGGAAUCUGAAAAUGGCCUUGGUUCUGCAAGCCCAGUGUUAGCUACAGCUGAGAGCUCCUCAAUAUCUCAUGAUGAUGUGCCAACCCUCGUUCCUAUGGAAGAGAUUACUUCCCUCGAAGCAGGUCAGACAACAAAGAAGAUGCUCCAGGUUCGCUUCCACCAUCAUCUCUUGCCUCUGAAGCUGGCCUUAUGGUUGUAAAGGAAAGAAGCUCCCUGUUAAGUUGUGGCCAGACAUUGGAUAUUU